AUGGUGCGUGAGAUUGAUAACUUGCAUGAGAUUGACGUGGACACAAUGCGAUUGAUUGAUAAAGUGCAUGUGAUUGACGUGAACACGGUGCAAGAGAUUGACAUGAACAUGGUGCAUGUGAUUGAUGUGGACAUGGCGCGUGAGAUUUACGCAGACACAGUGCGUAUGAUUGACCUGGAUACGGAGCAUGUGAUUGAUGUGGACACGAUUGACGAGGACAUGGUGCGCGAGAUUGAAGUGGACACGGUGCAUGAGAUUGACUUGGACACGGUGCGUGUGAUUGACGUGGACACGGUGGGUGAGAUUGAAGUGGAUACGGUGCAUGAGAUUGACUUGGACACGGUGCGUGUGAUUGACGUGGACACGGUGCAUGUGAUUGAUAAAUUGUCUGUGGUUGAUGUCGACACGGUGCGUGUGAUUGACGUGGACACGGUACUUGAGAUUGAUGUAGACACGGUGCAGAUUGAUGUGGACACGGUGCGUGAGAAUGCCAUGGACACGGUGCGUGAGAUUGACGUGGACACGGUGCGUGAGAUUGACAUGGACACGCUGCGUGAGAUUGACGUGGACACGGUGUGUAUGAUUGAUGUGGACACGAUGCGAGAGAUUGACUUGGACAUGGUGCGUGAGAUUGAUGUGGACACGGUGCGUAUUGAUGUGGACACAGUGCGUCUGACUGACGUGGACACGGUGUGUGUGAUUGACGUGGACACGGUGCGUGUGAUUGACAUGGACACGGUGCGUGUGUUUGACGUGGACACGGUGCGUGUGAUUGACGUGGAUACGGUACUUGAGAUUGACGUGGACACGGUGCGUGAGAUUGACUUGGACACGGUGCGAGAUAUUGACGUGGACACGGUACUUGAGAUUGACGUGGACACGGUGCGUGAGAUUGACGUGGACACUGUUGAGAUUGACGUGGACACGAUGCAUGAGAUUGACUGGGAGACGGUGCGUGAGAUUGACGUGGACACGGUGCAUGUGAUUGACUUGGAUACAAUGUGUGAGAUUGACUUGGACACGAUGUGUGAGAUUGACUUGGACACGGUGCGUACUGACGUGGACACGAUGCGUAUUGACGUGGACACGGUGCACGAGAUUGACUUGGACACAGUGCGUGAGAUUGACGUGGACAAGGUGCGUGUGAUUGAUGUGGACACGGUACUUGAGAUUGAUGUGGACACGAUGCAUAUUGAUGUGGACACGAUUCUUGAGAUUGACGUGGACACGGUGCGUAUUGACGUGGACACGGUGCGUGAGAUUGACGUGGACACGGUGCGUGAGAUUGACAUGGACACGCUGCGUGAGAUUGACGUGGACACGGUUGAGAUUGACGUGGACACGAUGCAUAAGAUUGACUUGGAGACGGUGCGUGAGAUUGACGUGGACACGAUUGACUUGGACACGGUGCGAGAGAUUGAUAACUUGCGUGAGAAUGAUGCGGACAUGGUGUGUGAAAUUGACGGUAACACGGUGCGAGAGGUUGACUUGGACACGGUGUGUGAGAUUGACGCGGACACAGUGCAUGAGAUUGACGCAGACAUGGUGAGUAUAAUUGACCUGGACCGGACUUUGUGUUUGAACCCCACCAAUCAGGCUUCCAGCUUUGCUGCAUCAACCAAACAGCUUUUAUCAAAGUCAGAAAUUACAUCCUAUGUCAAUAUAACAAAGCCCCUGCAGGAGUCCAGGUCCUGGGGAGCUCAACUGAAGAUGGAAUCCAAUGUACCAAAGUCCCAGCUUCAGGUGAACAAGUUAUCAUCCAUCUAG